CCAAUGCCGCUACCAUGUUUUCUUCGGUCUUAAGUUUAACCUAAUUUCGAGAUCAGAGAUUGCGACGGAAUUUUGCGGUCGUUCAGCAUUUUUAGUUUAUGUGACACUCGUGUUUAGCUGUCAAAUUUUCCAGACGAUUCUUUCAACUAGCAGCUGAAACUAAAAACCUGUUUGUGUUGUUGUUGUUGUACAGUAACGUGUGUGCGCCCUGCUGCUGCAGUUUCUGCAGCAUUGGCAUGAUCAUAGGACCAUCAACGCAGAUCGGCUUCGAUUACUGUAUGAAACUCCAGCAGCAUGUCCUUGUCACUGGCCUCGUCUCUCAGACGUGUCCUGGACUUAAAAACAUACAAGGUCCAGAGGAGGCAGCUGUGCAGCUGGUCAGUGACCCUGGUCAGACACAAGUGGAUGAGAAACAGGCCCUCCGUGUGUCUCUGUAACCUUCCCAGACAGAUGAGUACGGAAGGGGAAAAGGAGAAGAUCGACAUGUCUAGGUUCCCUGUGGAGAACAUCAGGAAUUUCAGCAUCAUCGCCCACGUUGACCACGGCAAAAGCACCCUGGCUGACAGACUGCUGGAGAUGACAGGAGCCAUCGCCAAGACGGAGCGCAACAAGCAGGUGCUGGACAAGCUACAGGUGGAGAGGGAGAGGGGUAUUACGGUGAAGGCCCAGACAGCAUCGCUCUUCUACAUGUAUAAUGGCCAGACGUACUUACUGAACCUCAUCGACACACCGGGUCAUGUUGAUUUCAGCUACGAAGUGUCCAGAUCAAUUUCGGCUUGUCAGGGCGUCCUCCUUAUUGUCGACGCCAACCAGGGCAUUCAAGCACAGACCGUGGCCAACUUUUACCUGGCGUUUGAGGCUCAGCUGACCAUCAUACCUGUUCUAAACAAGAUUGACUUGAAAAAUGCUGACCCAGAAAGAGUUGCAUCCCAGAUCGAGAAGGUGUUUGACAUUCCAAAAGAAGACUGCAUACGGAUUUCAGCAAAACUGGGCACAAACGUUGAUCAAGUCCUUGAAGAAAUAGUUAAAAGAAUCCCUCCGCCCGUGGCUAGGGGAGACGAGCCCUUCAAGGCGCUGGUGUUUGACUCCACCUUCGACCACUACAGGGGGGUGGUAACCAACAUUGCCCUAUUCGGAGGACAGGUCUCUAAGGGAGACAAGAUUAUGUCAGCACAUGCGGGAAAGGUCUACGAGGUCAAUGAGGUCGGGAUUCUGAGGCCAGAGGAGCAGCCCACAGAUAGACUGUACGGCGGGCAGGUGGGUUACUUGAUCGCAGGAAUGAAGGAGGUGAAGGAAGCUCAGAUCGGAGACACUCUCUUUCACCAAAAGCACCCCGUUGAGGCUCUUCCGGGAUUCAAACCUGCCAAAGCCAUGGUGUUUGCAGGGAUGUAUCCAGUGGACCAAUCGGAGUACAGCUCCCUCCGCAGCGCAGUGGACAGGCUGACUCUGAACGACUCCAGCGUGACGGUGCAGAGGGACAGUAGCCACGCCCUGGGGGCUGGCUGGAGGCUCGGUUUUCUGGGGCUGCUCCACAUGGAGGUCUUCAACCAGCGGCUGGAGCAGGAGUACAAUGCCUCAGUCAUAAUGACGGUGCCCACCGUGCCCUACAAGGCAGUCUUCUCGUCUGCCAAGCUCAUCAAGGAACAUGGUGGGGAGGAGAUCACCAUUGUGAAUCCAGCCCAGUUUCCAGACCGUUCUUUGGUGUCAGAGUACCUGGAGCCCAUGGUGCUGGGGACUAUCAUCACCCCGGAUGAGUUUAUCGGCAAGAUUAUGACCCUGUGUCAGGGUCACAGAGGUGUUCAGAAGAACAUGGUGUACAUCGACGAUCAGCGGGUGAUGAUGAAGUACCUUUUCCCCCUGAACGAAGUCAUAGUGGACUUCUACGACCAUCUGAAGUCACUGUCAUCAGGAUACGCCAGCUUUGACUAUGAAGAUGCAGGGUAUCAGCCAGCGGACUUGGUAAAGAUGGAUAUCUUGCUGAACGGGAAGCCGGUUGAGGAACUCGCCAUGAUUGUUCACAGAGAUAAGGCGUACUCUUCAGGCAAGGCCUUGUGCGAGAGGCUCAAAGACUGCAUACCAAGGCAGCUGUUUGAGAUCGCUGUGCAGGCAGCCAUUGGAAGCAAAGUCAUGGCGAGGGAAACUAUCAAAGCGUACAGGAAAAACGUGCUUGCGAAAUGCUAUGGGGGCGAUAUCACUCGCAAGAUGAAACUGCUGAAGAAGCAAGCGGAGGGGAAGAAGAAGAUGCGGCGCAUCGGAAACAUAGAGGUCCCUAAGGAUGCCUUCAUCAGCGUGUUGAAGAGGAAGGACAAAUAGAGAAAGAGGGAGAUUGUCAUCACGUAGUAACCAAUGUUUACUUCAAAUUAAAAAGCUUUUGUUCAACACUAUGACACAUGCCACAAACACAAUGUAAUUUAAGAUUAAAUGCGUAUAAAAUGCCUUUCCAGCGUUGCAGUUUUUCUAUUUCAUUUUAAUGCAAAAUCUUUGGUUCUAAUUGUCACUAAGUGGUAGAAGUGGGGACAGUUGGUAGAGUAGUGGCUAGUGCGGCUGCCUUUGUACCCAAAAGGUUGCAGGUUCAAGUCCCACUUCCAGCAAGGUACUUACCCUUACUUGCUCCAGUCAAAGUACCCAGUUGUUUAAAUAGGUAAAUAGUUGAAUGUCCCUGUGGAGCUCUGUUAAAUGUAAGUUACAUGAAUCCUCCUCAUCAUGAGAAUACCUUCAGCACAUCUAUGUGAAGUUAUAAAAAUGCUGUUCACAGACCAUAAAUUGCUAAAUGUAGAGCUGCUGAGGGUAACUAUCAGAUGAUGCAAGUUCAUUGUUGCCUUUAUUAUAAUUUUAGAAGUUACUUUGUCAUUAAGGAUGGAACAUGAAGCUACAUCCUUACUCUUAACAGGUUUUUACAGUACCAGGUAAAACUUUAUUGCAAAGAAAUUGGCAUUAGAGUACAUUCAAAUGAGAUCUGAAGAAACCAUGUCAGUUUACCUUUUCAGGCCAUGCAGAGUGUUUUGGCAAAAAGGGGAGAGCAGGCUGCCGUGGAAAGAAAAAGGCAUCCAAAAAGAGUACGAAAGAUCCCUUGAGACAGGACAAAAUACUACAUUUAUACAUGGAUGUUUGUAACAAUUCCAGAACAGUGCAAUGUCAAGACUUGCUAUGGUCCCACAAUGAACAUUGAAGGCAAAAUGUUUGCUUCCUGGCAGGAGACAAAAAAAAAAUGUAGCAGAUGCAAGACCAACUGUUUACUACUGCUGUUUACAAAUCAGCAGGAAGUUACCCCGUUUCAAAUCCUAAACUUAGUGUGCGAAUAAGACAAAAGUCCUUAAGCAUACUUGAAGCUCACCGUAACACUAAACCACCAAAAUGUGUCAUUAAACAUGACCUAAGUGGGGUAGAGCUUCAGCUAAUCUGGUAAAGCCUAGGAACACAGAAAGAUAGUGAAGUAACAGCAAAUUGUGUGGCUCGUAAGCCUAGGUAACAGCUAAGCAGUUGCUGAGCUCAAGACAGGAGUGUAGAACUGAGAGGACGAGGAGACGGGACCAGGGCGCCAGCUGGACACAUUUCGGAAAAGACCGAACGCUGAAAUGCAGAAACUUCUUUUUUUGGAGUGGCGCAUGUCCUGAACAGACGUAUCAGGAAUUUCUGUUUCCAUGGCAACUGAAGGUGUCCCUUCUACCUAGCUAUACA